UAUAAAAAUUGUUAUUAUAGAAAAAAGAUAUCGGUGCGAUUGUAACUCCUUCCAAGCAAUUGUGAAAGAUGACAAACUUGAAAAAUUAAUGAUUUCUUGAUUUAAAAAUGAUUAAUUUUCCAAUUAAACUUUGCUUCACAUAUGUAUACCUAUGUAUGUACACAUGCCAGCCUUCACAACUAACAUAUCAUCGAUACGUUUCCAUCACGCAGGUUCUAAUCAAAGAAGCUAGUACGUUAACAAAAGAUUUUUCUUUCGUAGAGUUACUCAUAACAAGAAGACGAAGAGAAACAUGGUGGUCCAUUGGUUCGCAGCCGGCGAAAGCGGCGGGGUUUCUUGAGCUUUCGAGCCAAUGGAAACACGUCGACCUGCUAAAAAUACAUUUUGAAUCAGUAGGAGGAGAUGAGACAACACACCUCCUUUACGGAGAGAUACAAGAAAUAUUCUUACAAGUAUAUAUCUCAUCCAGAGUAGGACGUCGCGGUAACUCAGUCGACUCACCCGAGAAGAGUUAAACGGAUACAAUAAGCUACAAUUAACUUGAAUCAAGAAAUCAUGUGUCUCGCGAUCUAAUCGGGGAUCGUUAAUAAAAUAAACAAAAAUAUUUCGAAAAGGUACAAAUAUUAAAACUAAGCGCAAAACGAUGUGUGCAAAUUCAUUGUGCUAUUUGAAAACCGACACGAUCAAUAAAAAAACAACUAUGUAAUGAUAAAAAAUCGAUCGAUUAAAAAAUCAUCGUAUAUAAGAAGAAUAAAAUCGAUAACAUGUAGAAUAUUUCAAAUACAACUUACUCAGAAGAGAAAUCAGUUUUUUAAACUAAGCGCACGAUAUCCUAGAUUAUCUUCUCACGAUUGCGCAUAGUGGAACAUUCUGUUUAAAACAUUGAUUGCAUAUUAAGAUCUGUACUUAAUAUUCUUCGUUAAUUGUUGGCCAAACAAUUCUUAAUUAGAAUUGAUAUAUUCCAACGAAUAAAUAUAUAUGUCAUUUGAGAGAUAAUAUAAAAAUCAAGAUGAAAACUGGCGGAGGCACUUCAAAUCAUCGCUCGAAUCCAAACAUGGAGCAACGUUUAAGAAGUCCAAAGUGCGCGAGAUGUCGAAACCAUGGUGUAAUAUCCGGUUUGAAGGGUCACAAGAGAUCCUGCGCGUGGAAAGAUUGCCGAUGUCCCUGUUGUUUGUUAGUCGUCGAAAGACAGCGGGUAAUGGCAGCGCAAGUUGCUCUACGUAGGCAACAACAAGCGCAAGGUGACAAUCUUCAUCUAUCUUCGACGAAUAAGGUAUCAACAGACACCGCAAAUCCUCCUUAUUAUAUUAAAGCGAAAUACGACGAGUCGGACGCUGCCUGUCUUGGUAAAAGAGCUAAGAAUUUUCAAAGGCAUCAUUUACAUUUCACGCAGACGAGUAUUAGCGUGACGCAGGGUUUCUACGGAUUAAAUGCCGUACAUAAUUUACCUAGCACGUUAUCAACGCAUCCGCGUUUGUUGACUUUAUCCUCUCUCGGAUGCGAUCAAAAACAAGAAGCUGAACCCACAUUGAAAGUACAAUCUUUCCAUUCUGCAUAUCCAACAAUUCCCUGGUUCAAUGAGGUAACGCAAUCGUAUAUAGCGAAUGGAGACUUGAAUAAUUUUAUUUCUACGAGAGAUUUGCAGGAUUGUCCUACUACAAACAAUGAACCUUGUUUAGAAAAGAAAGCACCAAUUUCGUUCAGCGUGGAAUCUAUUAUCGGUACAAAGUGAUAUUCCGAUAUCCGUAUAUUUUAACCGUUUGAGUAGCAUGGAGGAGCUAACAAAUUCUCCGACAAUUCGAUUUGAUCUGAGAAUAGCACUCUAUACACGGCGACAAAGUGCGACUAUCGGACAUCAAGAGUAGCCGUUAAUAAGAUGCAUUUAAUACAACAAACUGUGUAAUACUGAAUAAUGUUAAAAUUUCAAUAAAAUUCAAGAAGCAAUGUUUUUUGAUAUUCAAACGGUUAAUCGCGAUGAUAAAAAUACAUAUAUACAAAUCAAACAAUUGUGCAAAUUAUUUGAUAGCAAUCGUAUGU